AUGCGAGGCCUUGUCGGCAGCACUGUACCGAAAAUAGCCACCGAAAAACGGCUGCUGUUGCCCCAAGUUGCUAAUGCAGGCGCGGAAAUGUGGAGCUUAAAAUGCACCUCACUUAUCAGCCUAAUCCUGCUAUCCAGGUCACUUAUCCUGACGAGCGGUUUCAGUUCUAAUCUUGAGACUCGUGAAGUUACUGUUUAUGGCAUCAACUCCAUGAUGAUGCUGAAGCAUGGGUAUUCAUGGGUCACCGAAGAUUUCGAGCUGGUGGAGGACAUAAACACAGUCACAUUUUGCCUCUUCUUCAUGCUUCAGUACGUGGACAGAGACACGGCCCUCUUUCUGGAGACCGACCCGACGGUUUACCUGCUGGUGGAAAACAACCAGUUCUUACUCCGCAUAGGGGAUGACGAUAUUGUCGACAGUAAUGAAACACUGAGAUUUUGGCGGUGGACCCACCUUUGCGUCACGCUCGGGACUCGUACAGCCAUCUACGUCGAUGGCGUAAGAACGACGAAAAUUGUGUCGAUUCAGAAAUAUUUUCAAGAUGAGGACCACUUCACGCUCCGCAUUGGCAAGUCUCCAACGAACUCCACGUCGUAUGCCGAGCCAUUCAGUGGACUGACGACCCAAGCCCAAGUUUACUUCAGGUCCUUAACUAACGAAGAGAUUUCAGACCUUGUGUCCUGCAACGAGCUGAAAUCAGGGAGAGAAACCCACGGAGAACUGAAGUACGAAGAGUGCAUCAUCAAGGGACAAGACUUUCACUGCCGCGAACAUCUGAGGGGCUCCAUAGGUGGUCAGAGUGGCGAGCUAGCCAUGAACGGUGACUCGUCAGAGGAGAAAGAUGGUGACGCCAAGGAAGGCAAAUCCAGCAAUGAAUGUAACCGACGUCCUCACAGGCACUACGUCGACUCAGGGGAUGACUGCCCAAUAACCAAACUAGCUUGCAUGGGUAAAAGAGUCAGGAAUGAAAUUUGUGGGCCACUCUUGCCCAAAAGCUACUUCUUGCAGCAGCAGGUGAAGAAAUUCACCUCCAUAGAGGCCGGUGACGUAUGUGCCAAGUAUGAUGCUCAUGUGGCUGAGUAUACGCCAGGUAUGACAUCGAUAAUAACUAACGGGAUGCCAUGGAUAAAAUCUGAGACACCAGGCCAGUGUGUUGUAAUGAAGAAUGGGCUUCCUGCAAACGUUUCCUGUAGUAGCACCUCAUUCUAUGUAAUGUGUGAGCUGGACUGGGACAAAAAAUUCCAACUUCGCCAGAGGAACCUAAAGGAGGUAAUUUACCUUCAACUGGUUAGUGAUGAAUCAGCCAUUUACUUCAUUUCUAGAGACAAUGCUGUUCUGAUAGAUUUCCACACUAUUCGGAUAUAUGAUGAAGUUUAUGAAGCGGACCGCAUUCAUCUUGGUCGUAUGGUAAAUCUGGUGAACAGGAAAUCAAAUACUACUUCAACAAUUACUCUUUCUACCUGCAAUAAGGUAAAGUGUUUGAGUUUCUUCACACUUUUGUUCAAGUAUGGGGUAUCUCGUGUAAUGUUUUUCAUACCUGCUGCAGAGUUUAUCCGAGAGUCUCUCCUUCUAUGUGCAUGA